AUGGCUGAAGCUAAUAUUACUUAUGUCACUGAAUUUAUUCUCAAAGGAAUUACAGAUCGGCCAGAACUUCAGACCCCUUGCUUUGUGGUGUUUUUCGUUGUCUAUCUGGUCACAGUGAUAGGCAACCUGGGAUUGAUUACCUUAAUCAGGAUUGACACUCGACUUCACACCCCUAUGUACUACUUCCUCAGUCAUUUGGCCUUUGUUGACCUCUGCUACUCAUCCGCUAUUACACCGAAGAUGAUGGUGAAUUUUGUUGUGGAACACAACACUAUUCUUUUCCAUGCUUGUGCGGCACAGCUGGGCUGCUUUCUCACCUUCAUGAUCACUGAGUGUUUCCUUUUAGCCUCCAUGGCCUAUGAUCGCUAUGUUGCCAUCUGCAGUCCCCUGCAUUAUUCAACGGUGAUGUCAAAAAGAGUCUGCAUCCAACUAGUGGCAGUUCCAUAUAUAUACAGCUUUCUGGUUGCCCUAUUCCACACCAUUAUCACCUUCCGUCUGACUUACUGUGGCCCCAAUGUAAUUAACCAUUUCUAUUGUGAUGACCUUCCUCUCCUAGCUCUGGCUUGCUCAGACACACACAUGAAGGAAAUUCUAAUUUUUGCCUUUGCUGGCUUUGAUAUGAUCUGUUCAUCUUCCAUUGUCCUCAUCUCCUACAUCUUUAUCAUUGCUGCCAUCUUAAGGAUCCGCUCUACCCAGGGGCGACGCAAGGCCAUUUCCACCUGUGGCUCCCAUAUGGUGGCUGUUACUAUAUUCUAUGGCACGCUGAUCUUCAUGUACCUGCAGCCCAAAUCAAACCAUUCCCUGGACACAGAUAAAAUGGCUUCUGUAUUUUACACAGUGGUGAUCCCUAUGUUGAACCCCCUCAUCUAUAGUCUCAGGAACAAAGAGGUAAAAGAUGCCUCCAAGAAAGCCUUGAAUAAAAGUUGUGAGACCUUAAAGAUAUUAAAAUGA